GGAGGCCCAGGGCACAUGGGGACGGUGAGCAGGCCCGUUCCUGGGGACCCCAGCCCAGCACAGACUCGCCCGGGACAGCUGGGGCAGGAGGCAGAGGCGCCAGGGCAAAGGGCAGUGCCCGUGGCUGCCCCAAAGGGAGGGGCAGGGCCCCAGGACCUGGGAGCCGGGCUCGAGCUCGGGGGGCUCAGGCCUGCCGGACCCUGGGGCCCCAGCCGACUGCCCUGGGCCCUCUCCCUGGGGGCCCUCCCGGGGCUGGGAGCCUUGGGGACCUCCUCACCACCAGCCAUCUUCGCAGAGAGUGGGGAGGGGACCACAGCCAGGCCUGCUGGCAGCCAGUGCUGCCCCCGGGGACGCAGGGGCUGGAACCCUGCCCCCACCCCGGCCAGGACUCCCCGGCCCGGGCCCCGCUCUCCCCUUUGGCCUCCAGGCCACACGCCCAGUGCUGGGUCACCCAGGAAAGGAACAAAGGUCUUCGUGGGGUCAGGAUUCCGGGCCAGGCAGCGGUGUGAUGGGGCUGAGCUCCCUCAGACCCAGCCCGGGCCCCCCACCCUGCAGCCCCAGGCCUGUGGGGGGGCUUCCACACCCAGACGCCUCCAGCCCUCCUCGGAGGCCUCAGUCCCGGGUGCCCCCAGGACCCAGCGCCAGCUGCCCCCCAGGCCUGGCCCCUUCCCGCCACCGAGCCGGAACCCAGAUCCAGAGGGAGCCGGGAGGGGCUGCGUGGGCCGAAAGCAGAACCAGGCUGGGCCCGGGCUCAUCUUCCUCGCCAGUCUGCUGGCUCUGCUGCCCCGGGAGGCAGGUGCGGGCCCCCUGCCCCAGGUCUCCAUCAAGACCAAAGUCAAAGACACCGCCUCCGAGCAGGACACGGAGCAGGCCUGGGACACCAGAGCCGCGGCGCCUCCGAAGGAUGAUCCGUGGCAGGGGCUCCUCCCCCUGAAGGCUGCUGCCCCCAAGAAGCUGCCAGAUGCCGCGGUGGUGGCGGAGAUCAAGGACGUCCUGGGCCGCUUCCGGAGCCCCAGGCCGGGGCCGGAGCUGGACCGCGACGGCCUGUACCACCUGCAGCACGCCGAGGCCCCGGCCCAGCAGGAGCCCAGGUCGCGGGCGCUGCUGAGCCUUCAGGUGCUCCAGGGGCCGGAGGAGGACCGAGACCACCUCUACCACCCGGCGGAGGCCGGGCCAGACCAUGGGCUUCUCUGACUGUCCCCCGACCCCUGCCACCUAAAAGAGAAAUAAACGCAUGAAGCAGGAGGCCCUGUGUUUUGGA